CACCUCGUCUCCAACUAGAUAAUUCGUCUUUGAGUUGAAUGAGUGGAGAGUGGACAUGAACUGAAAGACAAGAAAUUAAUUGCGAUCAUAUUUGGCGUGUAGGAAGCGCUUUUAAAAACACAUUUCAGCUACAGUCAUAACGAAGAUGCAACGAUGACUCAACCACAGCAGAAUGAGUUCAUUCCCCCUCCGGAGUGCCCUGUUUUUGAGCCCAGCUGGGAGGAAUUUGCCGACCCUUUUGCGUACAUCAACAAAAUACGACCCAUUGCAGAGAAAACUGGCAUCUGCAAAGUCCGACCGCCGCCGCAAUGGCAGCCACCCUUUGCCUGUGAUGUUGACAGACUGAAAUUCACACCACGGAUACAAAGACUUAAUGAGUUGGAGGCUCAGACCAGAGUCAAGCUCAACUUCCUGGAUCAAAUAGCAAAAUUCUGGGAGCUUCAAGGAUGCACCCUGAAAAUCCCUCACGUGGAAAGAAAGAUAUUGGAUCUUUACCAGCUGAAUAGGCUGGUGAAUGUAGAGGGAGGCUUCGAUGCCGUCUGCAGAGAGCGACGAUGGACUAGGAUAUCUGUCAAGAUGGGCUUUGCUCCAGGCAAGGCUAUUGGCUCUCAUCUGCGGGCACACUAUGAGAGGAUCCUCUACCCAUAUAACCUGUUCCAGACCGGAGACAAUCAGCAUAGAGCCACCCUGAACAGUGACACUAAAGAUAAGGAGUACACCCCUCACGACCUGCCGCAGCGGCAGUCUGUCCAGCCCCAGGAGACCUGCAGCAUCGCUCGCCGAGCGAAACGAAUGAAAUCUGAAAGAGGCUGUGUUAAAACCGAACCAGGAGAAGUUUGCGAGAAUCGUCCCAAUCUCAGGAGGAGGAUGGGAACUUAUGUUGGCAAACACGAACCUGUGAGGAUGGCGGUCACUGAGGUGAAACGGGAGCCCAUUAAACAUGAGGAUCCAACAGAUUAUGAAGAAACUGUAUUGGAUAAGAGACCUCCUUCGAGUAAAGUGGACCAGUACAUGUGCCUGGUUUGUGGCAAUGGGACUGCGGAGGACCGGCUGCUGUUGUGUGACGGCUGUGAUGACAGCUAUCACAUCUUCUGUCUGAUCCCUCCCCUCCACGACGUUCCCAAAGGAGACUGGAGAUGCCCCAAGUGCCUGGCUCAGGAAUGUGGCAAACCUCCUGUCGCUUUUGGCUUUGAGCAGGCCAGCAGGAGCUACACCCUCCAGGCUUUUGGAGACAUGGCAGAUUCCUUCAAGUCUGAUUAUUUCAACAUGCCAGUUCAUAUGGUUCCCACUGAGCUGGUGGAGAAGGAGUUCUGGCGUCUAGUCAGCACCAUUGAGGAUGACGUUACUGUGGAGUACGGAGCAGACAUCGCCUCCAAGGAGUUUGGGAGCGGUUUCCCUUUGAGUAGCAGCCAUUUUGAAGUCUCUCCUGAUGAUGAGCAUUACCUGAGCAGCGGCUGGAACCUGAACAACAUGCCGGUGCUGGAUUCCUCCGUGCUGACUCACAUUACAGCCGACAUUUGUGGGAUGAAGUUACCGUGGCUGUAUGUGGGCAUGUGCUUCUCCUCCUUCUGCUGGCAUAUUGAGGACCACUGGAGCUACUCCAUAAACUACCUUCACUGGGGGGAGCCGAAGACGUGGUACGGGGCGCCUGGUUAUGCCGCAGAGCACCUCGAGUCGGUCAUGAAGAACCUGGCACCAGAGCUGUUUGUGUCCCAGCCAGACCUCCUUCACCAGCUGGUCACCAUCAUGAAUCCCAACACGUUGAUGAACAACGGCGUCCCGAUCUAUCGCACCAACCAAUGUGCCGGCGAGUUUGUCAUCACCUUCCCCAGAGCUUACCACAGUGGAUUCAACCAGGGCUUCAACUUUGCUGAAGCUGUCAACUUCUGCACCAUGGACUGGAUGCCCAUCGGCCGUAAAUGUGUGGCACACUACCGCCAGUUGAGCAGGUACUGCGUCUUUUCACACGACGAGAUGGUUUGUAACAUGGCGUACAAAGCGGACACGAUGGAUGUCGACCUGGCGUCGGCCGUGCAGAAGGAGAUGAUCGUGAUGGUCCAAGAAGAAGAACAACUAAGAGAGAAGAUUAACAAGAUGGGUGUGGUGCGAUCUCGACAAGUUGAUUAUGAGGUGCUCCCAGAUGAGGAGCGGCAGUGCAGCAAGUGUCGGACCACCUGCUACCUGUCUGGCAUCACCUGUGCCUGCAGUCCUGGCAAGAUGGUUUGUCUGUACCACGCCCGGGACCUCUGCGGCUGUCCCCAUAGCAACCUAACACUCCAUUACAAGUUUAAACUGGACCAGUUGUAUCCCAUGAUGGCGUCAGUGAAGCUGCGUGCAGAGUCCUAUAAAGACUGGCUCAGUAGUGUGCAGGGCAUCCUGGAGAACAAAGGAAACAAGAAAAGAGGUUUGGAAGAGCUUCACAGCCUGGUGGAGCAGGCAGAAACGAAGGCAUUCCCACAGAUCAGCCUCCUGAAUCAGCUGCGCAUCAUCGCAUCAGAAGCUGAUAAAGUUGCUGUGAUGGCCCAACAGCUUCUCAACGGAAAGAGGCAGACGAGGUAUCGUUCUGGAGGAGGAAAGUCUCAAAACCAGAACGAGUUGACCGUUGAGGAGCUGAGGUCUUUUGUCCGACAGUUCGACAGCCUGCCGUGCAGCAUCCGACAGGCUCCUUUACUGAAGGACCUGUUGGCCCGGGUGGAUGACUUCCAGCAGCGCAGCGAGCGCCUCCUCUCUGAUGAGUCACCCAGCCCGCUGCAGCUGCAGGACCUGCUAGACGUGAGCCUGGGCCUGGACGUGGAGCUGCCUCAACUGCCUCUGUUGAGGGAGAGACUGGAGCAGGCCCGCUGGCUGGAGGCCGUGCAGCAAGCCAGCAGCCGGACAGAAAGCCUCUGCCUGGACACCAUGAGGAGGCUGAUAGACCAGGGCGUGGGUUUGGCCGCUCACAGCUCAGUGGAAAGAGCCAUGGCUCGUCUGCAGGAGCUGCUGACUGUGUCGGAGCAGUGGGAGGAGCGGGCGCUCAGCCUCAUGGAAGCCAGGCCGUAUCACAGCAUGGACACACUUGACGCCGCUCGACAAGAAGUAGAAAACAUCCCUGCAUAUCUGCCCAACUGUCUGCAGCUGAAGGAUGUCAUCACCAAGGCCAAGAAGUGGCUCCAUGAAGCUGAAGCACUUCAGCUCGGGGGCCGUAUUCCUGUGCUGGACAGCCUCGCUGAACUGCUUCUCAGAGCAGAGGGCAUCCCGGUGAGGCUCGACCCGCUGAGUCGACUGGAGGCCCUCGUCAGUGACGUUCAGACCUGGAAGGAGAGCGCAGCUAAGACAUUCCUACUGAAGAACUCACCUUUCUCUCUCCUUGAGGUGCUUUGUCCGAGAUGCGAUGUGGGGACCGUGCAUCAGAAGUCGAGGUCUAGAAAAGCAAAAGAAGCGACACAGAUCAGUAAAAAGUCUUCAACAAAACUGGAGUCUCUGUGCGACGUGGAGAGAGCGCUCUCUGAGAGCAAGGACUCUGCCUCUGCUAUGGCUACUCUCGCCGAGGUUCGCCACAGGGAGAUGGAGAUCCUGUUGUCUCUGCGUACUUCAAAUGAGUUCAAGCUCGUUCCGGCCGAAAACUGUUGUGCACUUAGUGUUUGCGUUUGCCAAAAGGCCCCUUCGGGUGCCAUGAUGCAGUGUGAGCUCUGUCGAGAAGUUUUCCACUGCGGCUGCGUUACAACACCCGCAGACAUCGAGUACGGCCAAGCCUGGCUUUGCCCACUCUGCCAGCGGUCGAGGAAACCCCCUCUGGACAAGGUCCUGCCCCUGUUGGCUUCCCUGCAGAGGAUUCGGGUUCGGCUGCCAGAAGGGGACGCACUGCGCUUCCUCAUCGAGAGGACGGUGCGAUGGCAGCACCGAGUUCAGCAGGCCUGCACGGAGGGAGCGCUGGACAAAGUGUCAAAGACGGGGAGAAUUGGAACUGCAAUAUCUUCACAUCUGACUCAGGAAAUAAACGGUUCAUUUCUUCACACAGAGCAUCAGUCUGUUCCGCUCCAGGGUCUCGGUCCGGAGCUGGAGGAGCUGAUGGUGGAGGGCUUCCUGCUGCAGGUCACUCUGCCUGAAACUGAGCAGCUGUACAGUUACCUGCUGUACAAACUGGCCCCCCCGCCCUCACACAGCGCCCCCUGUGGGACCAACACAGAACAGGACCAACAGUCUCAGAGAGGAAGCCCCCACCACCACAAGAAUGGUGUUUCCGGUCACAAAAAGGAGGCAGUGAACGGUCAGAGCAAAAGGACCAAGCGACGUAAGGAAAGCUCCGACUCUCAGCACAGCGAGAAGGCCAAGAAGUUCCGCAAAAAGAAGUCUAAGAAGAGCGAAGAGAGGAACAAAGAGAGGAAGAGGAGCGAAGAAACCAAGCGGACAUGUUCUCCUACACACACGGAGUCCGACCACGCUGCUUCAGACUCGGAGGAGGACUUCUCGCUGUGUGCUGCACCGUGGUGCAGAGAGCCAGAGGGCGACGAGGUAAACUGGGUCCAAUGUGACGGCAGCUGCAAUGAGUGGUUCCACCAGGUCUGUGUUGGACUGUCUGCUGACCGAGCAGAGAAGGAGGACUAUAUUUGCAUAAGCUGCACACAGCCAGACUACGACAGAGGAAAAUAAAGACCAAAAAGUGACUUUGAAGGAUCAGCGGUUUUUGUUGCAAGCUGCAGCACUUAACGUGCACACCUGAACUCUGUGUGCUCCUGUGGCUUCCCCCCCCCCCCCCUUUACCUUCUGGCUUGCCCUUAACAUGGUGCUAUUUACUGUUUUUUUUUCUUUCUCCAGAGUUACAAAAGACUUCAGUCACUGUUUUCGUCACAUGGCUGGUUUUUCAGCCAACCAACUAAUCCUUUCUGAAACUUUCCAGGACUUGAUGCAGAUGUUCAAAAUGUUUCAACAGCGCAGGGAUUUUUCAACCAAAAACAAAAAGUCAAUUUGACAUUUUAGAACUGCUUUUUUCCUUCUUUUUUUUUACAUACAUCUGAACAAUGUGAAAUGUAUCUUUCUCUUGUAGAGUAAAUAUUAUUUAUCUAAGCAAUAACUGAACUGAUGAAUUGAGGUUCAGUUUUCACCGGAGGUAUAUUUGUGAUUAGAAGUUCUUUGAUAGAAUGCCUUCUUGAAGCAAAAACCCUGAAGACUUCACUUUACGAAUCCUAUGAUAUUAAACAGUUCAAUAAGAUUUGUGAACAGAACUUGAAUCAGGAACCAGAGAGCGACUGUAUGUCUGAGCUAGUUAAUGUGCAAAAGUUAGCACCUGAAUAUUUACCCACAUCCCUUAAAUCAUUGACUUUGAUAUAAAGUCUGGUUCCCUUUUGUGCUGUCUGCAGAGGGAAAAAUUAGUCUUGGCGUUUGGGUGAGACUUGAUGUUCACAAAAUAAUAAUGAACUGUCCGACAUCAAAGGAAUGUACAUUUUGUUUUAGGGUGGAUUUUCCCUUUUUAUGGUUUAGAUAAAAAAUAUUGUGUUUGACUUAGAUUUAACACAGACUGUGUGAUAUACUUGCCACGGAUAUAUGACCUUUUUCUGCUCCUUUCGGUAAAUAAUAUAAUUCAUAUGUUGCAGUUUGCAUUAUAAAAUAAAAAAUGUUUGUUCCCAUGUGC